AGAGAGAGAGAGAGAAAAUGGCGUACAGCGCGUGUUUACUACACCAGAGCGCACUAGCCUCCUCCGCCGCACGAUCAUCAUCUUCCAACUCAUCCCAACGCCACUUGUCACUCUCCAAGCCCGUCCAGGUAGUCUGUAAAGCUCAACAGCACCAAGAAGACGAUAACUCCAUUGUCUCUCGCCGUCUAGCUCUAACACUUCUCGUCGGCGCCGCCGCCGUUGGUUCCAAAGUAUCACCCGCUGAUGCUGCAUAUGGUGAAGCUGCAAAUGUGUUUGGUAAGCCAAAGAAGAACACAGACUUCACUGCAUACAGUGGAGAUGGAUUCAUUGUGCAGGUGCCAGCUAAAUGGAACCCCAGCAGAGAGGUGGAGUAUCCAGGACAAGUCCUUAGGUAUGAAGACAACUUUGACGCCACUAGCAAUCUCAAUGUCAUGGUCACUCCUACUGACAAGAAGUCCAUCACUGAUUACGGUUCCCCUGAAGAGUUCCUCUCUCAGGUCAACUAUCUCCUAGGGAAACAAGCUUACUUCGGUGAGACUGCCUCUGAGGGAGGCUUUGACAACAAUGCAGUGGCAACAGCAAACAUUCUGGAUACAAAUGUUCAGGACGUUGGUGGGAAACCAUACUACUACUUGUCGGUGUUGACAAGAACAGCAGAUGGAGAUGAAGGUGGUAAGCAUCAGCUGAUCACAGCCACUGUGAAUGGAGGGAAGCUAUAUAUCUGCAAAGCACAAGCUGGAGAUAAGAGGUGGUUCAAGGGAGCUAAUAAGUUUGUCGAGAAAGCAGCCACUUCUUUCAGUGUUGCUUAAGAAACAGAACAGUGCUCUGCUUUUCUUUCUUCAUCUGUCUCUUUGUAGAAACAAGGAAAAUGAAACUAAGCUUUUGAGAACUAUCUAGAUGAUGCUACCUAGGAAGCUUCACUUGUGCACCUGUGAUAACAGACUCAUUUGCAAUAAUGGUAUUAUUAUUAAUAGUCAAAUAUCUUUGUUAUCUCUCUCACACACCAAAAUGGCAGCUCUUAUAAACAUGACAUAGUCUCUCUUCUUAUAGCACAGCAAAACUGUGUACAAAAUCAAUCAUCCACCAAAUGAAACAUAAUAUCAUCUUUUACAAUUAUCCGAUGUUUGCAAAUGAAAGAAAAGUUUCAAGAUUCUGGUGCUGGAGAGGGAGCUGUAGCUGCAUGUUUGAGGAGUGGCUGCAGCGCCUUCACAACUAUGCUCAUAUUUGGUCUAAACUCAGAUUCAUAUUGCACACACAAUGCUGCCACGGCUGCUAGCU